AGAAAACUCUUUUAAGUGGUUGAAAAGCAGCAGAAGCAUCUUUAGCUGCAGAAUGUCCAACUCCCCAAAGUUCUCCUUCCACCACAGCAUCAGGUCUCAGGGAUCAACCACUCAGGUCGAUCUACACACCUGCGAGCCAUUUAGGACAACCUGCCAGCAAAUGGCAAACUCUCAGGUCCAACUGGUUAAAGAAAACUGUUUUCCGCAACAAGAGAGCAACAAUCUCACUUUGAGUACCACCGCUCUGAACAGGAGGCACAGUUCUGAUGGGAUCAUUAGCUCAAGUUCUAGACCAGAUGGAGUUGCCUCUGGCCGUUUCCACCCGUACCGUCGGCAGUUCAGCGAUGGAGCAGUGGAUGCUGCAGAUUGCCUCCAACACACGUCUUCCUUUAGCAGCCUGCUGGAGGUCAACAGUCCGGGCACUUGUUCAUGCAGCGGUGACCCUCAAACAAUCUGGGGCAAAUACAGUGGCAGCAUUCAGGGUCUAUACUCGGAGCCACCAGCUGUACCAGUUGAACCAUACAGUUUUCUGUCACACAGUCAGGCAUACUACAGCUCCCCCAUGGAACAGGUUUCAGCAAAACUGUAUCCUGAUGACGAUCAGCCCGACAGCUCAAAGUAUACUCCUCAGAGUCUCUCCAUUCAGCCCCAUCAGGAGAGCUCUACAGAAGCUCUCUUCCCCAAACCCAUUUACUCCUACAGCAUCUUGAUUUUCAUGGCUUUGAAGAACAGCAAAACCGGAAGUCUGCCGGUCAGCGAGAUUUACAGCUUCAUGACUGAACACUUCCCCUAUUUUAAGACCGCCCCUGAUGGUUGGAAAAACUCAGUAAGGCACAACCUUUCCUUGAACAAGUGCUUUGAGAAGGUUGAGAACAAAAAUGGGAACACUUCUCGUAAAGGCUGCCUUUGGGCACUGAAUCCAGCCAAGGUUGAGAAGAUGCAGGAGGAGUUGCACAAAUGGCGUCGCAAAGACCCCCAGACUAUCCGCAGGAGUAUGGCAAAGCCAGAAGAUUUCGAUCGUCUGCUGGGAGAGAAGCCAGACAAAAUAAGAUCUCUGCCAACUUACUCAAACACAGCCUCAUCAAAAAGAGUGGCCCCAUUGUACAGCCCCGCCAGACCUAUUCAACAGUCAGAGUACAGUAACAUUCAGCCUCAUCUGUCCCAAAAAGAACUGGUGAGCUCGGUGAGUGGGUACUCAAUGAUUCAUCCCAGCAACUCAUUUGGCCUGUACUCAACCUGCGACCAGCCGCCUGCAGCUGGUAUCCCAUCACUCUCUGGAUGUACGAACUCCGCCAUAGCUGGGAAGAUGCCACCUGCUCACAGUGUUGGACCGCUGGGAGAGUACAAAGUUGGCCUGAGGGGUAUGCAGGAGUCUCUUCAAGAUGGAGACACCAGUCAUGACAUAGACACACUUAACCCCAGUCUGACAGACCUCCAGCUACAAGGUAACUUAUGGGAGGAGCUAAGAAAGGACAGCCUGGUAUCAGAUUUACAUGGUCCCAAAGCAACCACCUUCACCUCCUUUCCCCUGCAGAACCACCACCUACAUACCAGCUGUCAUCAGGCCCCACUUGCAUUUAGUCCAAGUUUUGAGGGGAGUGCUGGACCUUGCUGUAAAGCAGGAUAUGAGGACGAAGAUGCAGAUGGAAUCUGCUGGAAUGGACUGUAUCCUGAUGGCUAUUUAGGAUUGGAGAGCUUGGCCGGAUAUCUGACCUCCUGUACCACUUCUGUCUCCUUGAUAUAAAUGGCACUCCACAUUCAUUGGUGCAAGCAGCUUUGGUUCACAUGAUAUUAUUCAGCCUUA